AUGGUCCGCACACGAUCCGGACGCCACACAGAAAACACCAAACAAGGGAAAGCCCGGCCAGCCAAGUCACACGCAGCAGAUCAUGUCGGCAGACGCAGCGGCGGGUCCUUCCACCGCUUCCAAGACCUCCCAGCCGAGCUCCGCCUGAUGGUCUGGGAGGCCGCCCUGGCGCCCCGCCUCGUCGCGGUCAAGCCGAGGCUAUGCCCCAAGAAGAGCGAAAAGGCGAGCAACCUGGAGAUCAGCCUGCUGCGAGGCAUCCCGGCCCUGCUCGCCGUCAGCCAGGAGUCCAGGUACCUCGCCCUGCGCCACUACACCUGGAGGUUCACCAUCGACCUCUACUUCGUCUGCCGAAAUGGCCUGGGCUACGUCGAAGUGGAGUCGCACAGGCGCGCGCGCGUCGUCAUGGCGCCAGGCGACACCCUGGGACUCUUCCGGUGCCAGCCGAACUGGUAUUCCUACGUACGCCCGGUAGACUUCCUCGUGAGGGUCGCCGACGAGAAGAGGAGCCCAUGGCGGAUCCACCCGACCACGAGCGCGCCGCGCGGUGGUGAGGAUUGGUUCAGGAAGGUGGCGAUCUUGGGGACGGCCCUCGAGAGGAACCUCUACAUCGCCAGGGCCCUCAAUAGCACGCUCUGGGACCUGGAGUCGCUGCUCCACGGGCGGUCCACCGUGGCGAGGACGGCGCGCUCGCCCCACACGAAACACAAGAUAUUCAUCGCGUCCGCCGAGAUGGAGCAGGUAUCCUCAUCGGCCUCGAACAUCGCGAAUGCCCUUUCCGCUAGGUUGCGGCUGGAGGAUCGUUGGAGCCCAGACAUAUGGGCAUACGAAUUGGUCGGUGGCACGGAGGGAAAAGGCUGGCGCCGCUUUCUGAAGAUGCUCUAGCCUGCGGUUCAACGUCAUGUCCGAUCUGCAGUCCGACGAGCUCCGAGAUGGGGUGGUUAUUACAUGACGACGAUGAGGAAGUCACGUUGAAGGACGAAUCGGCCACAUCAGUGGAACUGUUCAACCGGGACUUGGCACAUACAGAGAUGGCGUUGGGAACAAGGAGUCACUCAUGGUUGUGGAAGGAAUUAGAGCCUGGAAUGGAUGUGGCGUGUACAUUGCGGCACUACAGGUUGGGACAGUCUCCUAUAGGACGUGGCGAUCUGGGUCCUUGGGCAGGCAUUCACCGACACGCCCAAC